AUGGUUUCCGUCAAAGCCCUUGUUCUGACCGUUAUGGUCUCGGCUGUCACCGCUCAGUCGUCGUUCUCUUGCUGGUGUGGACCCAACCAGGGCACUACACGUGAUGCUUGCAACAAAAUGGCGGACAGUGGACGCAUGGAAGGUGGCCGAUGCACCGUUUCUGAAUCUCGUGCUAAGGACUACUUCAUCAACACUGCUUGCACCUACGGUCCCGGUAACGAGUGGUGUGAUGUGAAGCAAUAG